AUGCCAUUUCCUUGGGUAGCAAGCCUUUUGCUGGGCUUCCUGGCUGUCUAUGUCAUGAAAAAGACAAUGCUAGAUAAGACGUUGCCCGGUCCUCUUCCACCAGGGCCUCGGCCUAAGCCGUUAUUGGGUAACCUUACAGAUCUACCCCCGAAAGGCGAACAGGAUUGGAUGCAUUGGUUGAAGCACAAAGAGCUCUACGGGCCAAUUAGCUCCCUCACAGUCUUAGGGCAGACUAUCAUCAUUGUCAAUGAUAUGAAAACUGCCGUGGAUCUGCUAAAUAAACGGUCUGCCGUUUACUCAUCAAGGCCAAAGAUGGUCUUUGCAUCCGAGAUGGUGGGAUGGGAAGAUGGUCUCGCUUUCCAAGGUUACACUGAGAGAUUCCGAGCCUAUCGCAAAGCAGUACAACCAUCAUUCGGAUCCGAGUCGGCUGUCUCGCAGUUCAACCCCCUUCAAGAAAAAGAGGUUCACCGCUUCUUGCUACGAGUACUUCGAGAACCAACGAAAUUUAUCCAACAUAUUCAAACAGAAGCAGGCGCUGUUAUUUUGAACAUUGCAUAUGGCUACACAAUUGAGCCGUUCCAUCGUGACCAUCUUGUAGAUAUCACAAACGAGGCACUUGACCAUUUCGCCAAAGCUGCGACUCCUGGAACUUGGAUGGUAGAUAUCAUCCCGGCAUUGAAAUAUAUUCCUGCAUGGUUCCCAGGGGCAGGAUUCAAGCGCAUCGCGCAGGCCUGGAGGGGGCAAUUGAUUGGUAUAGCAGACAGACCUUACGCAUUCGUCAAGGCACAGAUGAAGAGUGGCAAGCAUAAACCAUCAUACUUGUCAAACAUUUUCAGCACCCAUGGCAUCCCAGAGCCUGGAUCCGAGAAGGAAACCAUCGCUAAGUGGACUGCCGCGUCACUAUACACUGGCGGUGCUGACACGACUGUGUCAUCUAUCCAAUGUUUCUUCCUCGCCAUGGCCAUGUAUCCAGAAGUCCAACGUAAGGCACAAGAUGAGAUCGAACGAGUUCUAGGACGCGGGCGUCUGCCAAAAAUGGCAGACCGUGCCAACCUUCCGUAUGUGAACGCUAUAGUCAAGGAGGUUCUUCGCUGGCAUCCUGUGGCACCAAUGGCCAUACCUCAUUUGUCCACAGCGGAUGAUACCUGGGGAGAUUACUUUAUUCCUAAGGGCUCUUUGAUUAUGCCUAAUAUCUGGGCUAUGAUGCAUGAUCCAAGCAUUUAUCAUGAGCCCAUGAUCUUCAAGCCCGAAAGAUUCCUUGAGGCUCAGGGACAUGGUCCAGAAAUAGACCCUCACUCCAUCGCUUUCGGGUUUGGUCGUCGUAUCUGCCCGGGUCGUUUCCUAGCAGAUAACACCGUCUAUCUGAGUGUAGCGCAGACUCUGGCAGUCUUCAACAUCAGCAACGCUAUACAAGACGGAGUCGCGAUCAAAAAAAGCCCCAGGUUUGAGCCGGGUGUGAUUAGCCACCCAGCACCAUUCCAAUGUUCGAUCGCAGUUCGUGGUCCUGCUGAGGAAGCACUCAUAUUGUCUGUUGAGCAAGAGCACCCAUGGGAACCGAGCGAUGCAUCCGACCUUGAGAAGCUUGGGUAUUAA